CCCCCCUAUGGACCAUCUUGUACUGCUAGUCGUGCAACCGUUGCAGACAAGAUAACGUAACCAUAACCAACAACCAACAACCAACACCACACAACAAGCAAACACGUACACAUAUUUAUUCUCACAAGGACGCGUUCUGCUGCCUCUCAAGGGCUAGCAAAUAAUUAUAUAUAUGAUGGCCGAUCAUUUGGACGAACCGCCACAGAAGCGGGUCAAAAUGGAUCAAACGGAUCUGUACUUUCUGGAGGACAAUCUGCCCGAUGAACUGGUGUCCUCCAACAGCGGCUGGUCGGAUCAGCUGAACACAGGCGGUGGCGGCGUUGUGUCCACAGCCAGCGGCGUCGUUGGCGCUGGGGGACCAAACAAACCACCUACUCAGGGACCUGGUCCAGGCGUCGUGCCACCACAGAUGAACGGAGCCGGUGGCGGCGGUGACGAUGGCAGUGGUAAUGGCGGCAGUGGCGCUGCCGGCAGUCAAUUGCGUCAGCUACAGCACCACCAGCAUCUGCAACAGUUGCUGCAGCACCAGCAACAGGGCAACAAAGGCGCUGGCGGCGGCAUGGUGGUGCCGGGCAUGAAUCAGCUGGGCAGCAAGUCGCCCAACCUGCAAUCGCCCAACACGGCUGGCAUGCAGGUGGCGACACAGAUGGGCAUGGUCAACUCAAUGCCCAUGUCCAUAUCGAAUAAUGGCAACAACGGCAUGAAUUCCAUACCAGGCAUGAAUAGCAUAGCGCAGGGCAAUCUAGGCAACAUGGUGCUGACGAAUAGCGGCGGCAUGGGCACCAUUGGUGGCCUAGUCAACACACUGAAGCAGCCAGGCGGGGCAUCCAUGAUGAGCACCGUGCCCGGCUCGGUGGGCGUGAGCUCGGUGACCGGCGCAGCGCCCAGCCAGGGCAUGCAUAUGCAGAAUGGACCGAUGAUGGGGCGCAUGGUUGGGCAGCAGCAUUUGCUGCGAGGCCCGCACUUGAUGGGCGGCGGAGCUGGCGGUGGCAAUGGACCGGGCGGCGUGGUCGGAGCCGGCGGCGGCCCCCGCAUGCAAAACCCAAACAUGCAGCUGGGCCAAAUCAACAACAUGCCCUAUGGAGUCGGCAACUAUGGUGCACCCGGCAGCAACAACACGCAGCUGCUCGCGCAGCAGAUGGCGCAGCGGGGCGCUGGUGGCGUCGGUGGCGUCGUCGCGCCUAACAUGAGCGCCGGCAUGCCCCAGGGAAAUCGACCUAUUGGCACCGUCGUGCCCAUGUCCAAUCUGGGCAGCGAUGGUGCGCCUCCAGGCGCCGGUGGACUCGUUGGCAACACGCAGCAACAGCAACAGCAGCUGGCCGCGGCGAAUGCGCAAAUGAAUUCCCAGCAGCAGCAGCAGCAACAGCCACCAGGCGUGCAACAGGGCGCCAUGGGGCCACGCGCGCCUCAGCCUAACCAACUCCUAGGGCACUCCCAGCAACAGCAGCAGCAGCAACAGCAGCAGCAGCAGCAGCCCGGAACAUCUCAACAACAGCAAGCAAUAGCGUCGGGCGUGGCGUCGUCCGUUAGCGUGGCAGCGCCAGCGCCAGCGGCAACCAACAUGUCGGAUGAGCGCAAGAAGCAAAUCCAGCAGCAGCUGAUGCUUCUGCUGCACGCGCACAAGUGCAACAAGCGCGAGAACAUGAAUCCAAACCGCGAGGUCUGCAGCGUCAACUACUGCAAGGCCAUGAAGGCCGUGCUAGCGCAUAUGGCCACGUGCAAGCAGAGCAAGGACUGUCCAAUGCAGCACUGCACCUCGUCGCGCCAGAUACUGCUCCACUACAAGACCUGCCAGCGUUCCGAUUGCAUCAUUUGCUCUCCCUUUCGGCAGAACAAUUCGCUUUUUCAGAAUGCCAGCGGCGGUGGAGGCGGAGGUGGUGCGGCUGGUGCGCCAAAUGCGUCACCGCUGCAGCAACAGCAACAGCAGCAACAGCAGCAGCAGCAGCAACAGCAGCAGCAGCAACAACAGCAGCAGCAGCUUCCGCAGGGCCAGCAGCAGGUGCCGCAGAAUCCGUCUGGCGUUGGAGUCGGAGUCGGAGGUGGUGUCGGAGUCGGAGUCGGAGUCGGUGUGGACAGCAAACAAGUGGCGCAGAGCGCUGGAUCUUGCGGCGCUCCAAAUACGGCGAUUGUCCUGCCGCAGCAACAAACGGCCGGCGCGUCCAACGUGCCCAAGAGCAACACAGACAUGGGACAGCAACAACAGCAGCAGCAGCACCAGCAGGUGCAACAGCAGGAGCUGCGGCGAUUCGAAGGAGUCGGCAGCAUAGGCCAAGUAGGGCCAGUACCAGGCGGCAUGCUUGGCGCGCCCGGGCAAGGCAUGGCACCUGGAAUACGAAUGCAGGGCGCUCCGUCGGUGCGAGUGCUCGGCGUGCAGCCCGGCCAGCCAGGCGGUACAAUGGCGUCUGGCGGCGUGCCCGUACCAGUGCCUGUGCCCGGCCAGAACGUCCUGCCCGGCGCCAACGACGUCGGCAGUUUGCAGCAGCAGCAGCAGCAGGCGGCGCAAGCUGCUCAGCAGAGUGGGCAGCUGAUGCUGCAGGGGUGCAACACGGGUACCGGUGGACGCAGACGCGCGCUCCAAAACAUGGUGGACCAGCAGCAGCAGCCCAACGCGCAGCAGCAGAGCGUGCAGCAGCAGCAGCAGCAAUUGGGCAACAUUCCAGCGCCGCUUUCCGUCAACGUUGGCUUCAACAAUGCCAACUUCGUUGGCGUCGGCGACAAGCAGCAGCAGCUGGUUGGCCAGUCCGACCAGAUGGCCAAGCUGAAGAUGCAGGGCCAGGCGCAGGCUCAGUUGCAGGCGCACGUCAAUGUCGUCUCGUCUGGCGGUGCGCCAGGCAGCGGCAACAGUGCGUCUGGCGGCGCGAGCGUCCUGAUGCCGGCGGACACGACAUGCGGCGCCAACAGCGCGUCGGCUGGGUCCAAUGCGGUGGGCACUGCAGCGGGCGGUGCUCCGGGCGGCGGUGCGCCUGGCAACGGCAGCGACAGCGAGAAGGACUGGCGUGAGUCGGUCACUGCGGACCUGCGCAACCAUCUCGUGCACAAGCUGGUGCAGGCGAUCUUUCCGACCUCAGAUCCGACAACGAUGCAGGACAAGCGCAUGCACAAUCUGGUCACGUACGCUGAGAAGGUGGAGAAGGAUAUGUAUGAGAUGGCCAAGAACCGUUCUGAGUACUAUCACCUGCUGGCCGAGAAGAUCUACAAGAUACAGAAGGAGCUGGAGGAGAAGCGGCUCAAGCGCAAAGAGCAGCACCAGCAGCAGCAGCUGCUCCAGAUGCAGCAAGGCGGUCCCAACAGCCAGCAGCAGCAGCAGCAGCCAGGCCAGGUGGUGCGUCCCAUUAUUAGUCCGAUGGGCGGUGGCGGUGGGGGUGGCCCGAGUGGCAUGAUGCAACAGCAGAUGCGUCCCCAGGCACCUGGCAUGGGCGUCGCCGUCGGCGUUGGCGUAGGCGUCGGCCAGCAGCAGCAGACAGCGGCUGGGCAGCCGAACAUGGUUGCUGUGGCGGCGAGCAUGCGGAGUCACUCGCCCGGCGGCAACAUGCUCGCCAUUCAGCAGCAACAGCGCAUGCAAUUCCCGCAACAGCAGCAGCCCGGCCAGGGCAACAUGUUGGUCGGACCACCGGGCCCCAGUCCAGGCGGAAUGGUGGCGAAUCCGGUCCUGUCGCCGUUCAACACGCAGCAAACGAUGCAGUCAGCGACGGCGGUCGGUGGCGGUCCGGGCAUCUUAACCAGUCCGGUGCCCGGUCAACAGCAGCAGCAGCAGCAGCAGCAGCAGCAGCAGCAACAGCAGCAGCAGCAGCAACAACAGCAGCAGCAGUUCAUAAAUGCGAAUGGCAGUUCCGGCGCGCAGAAUUCUCAGAUCAGCGAGAUUAUGAAGCAGCGCUUGCUGCAACAUCAGCAACAGCAGCAACAGCAACAGCAGCAGCAGCAGCAGCAGCAACAACAGCAACAGCAGCAAACGAAUGCCUUCAGUUCACCCAUGCAGCAGAAGACACAGCCUCCUGGCAGUGUGCUCAACAAUAUGCCACCCACGCCCACCAGCUUGGAUGCACUGAAUGCGGGCGCAGCAAGCGCUGGUGCUGGCAGCAUUGGCGGCGGUACCGUGGCUGCGCCAAGCCCCUCGCCUAGCUUCAUGUCCAAUGGUCCCAUUGGCACGCCGUCGAACAAUCCGCCCUCCGUCAGCAGUCUGAUGCAGCCUCUGAGCAAUCGAGCAGCAACUCCGCCAUAUAUACCUACCUCGCCGGUGCCGGCGACGAGUGCGUCGGGCCUGACGGCCAGCAGUACGCCCGCAUCGGCAGCAGCAACAUGCUCCAGCGGCGGCAGUGGCAGCAGCACCAGCAGCUCGGUCGUCGUCACAACGACAACGGUGACGACGCCGCUGAGCUGUACCUCGUCGUCGGGCGCGACGCCCACAUCGACGACAACCUCGACGAGCGGCAACGGCAGUGCGACGCCGGUGAGCAGCACCCUGCUGCAGAUGGCGCGCAGCAACAGCGAGAACAGUGCGCCGGGCCGGGUGAUGAGCAGCUCGAGCAGCCUGUCCUCCCAGAUGGCGGCACUGGAGGCGGCGGCGCGUGAUAAUGACGAUGAGACGCCGUCGCCGGCUGGAGCGAACGAUACGAACGGAAGUAAUGGCGGCAGCGGCGGCGGAAUGGCGUCCAAGGGCAAGCUGGAUUCCAUCAAGCAGGAGGACGACAUCAAGAAGAAGUUCAUGGACGAUAGCUGCGGCGGCAACGGCGACAGCUCACAAAUGGACUGCUCCACAGGCGGCAAGGGCAAAAACGUGAACAACGACGGCACCAGCAUGCUGAAGAUCGACAUUAAGACGGAAGUCGGCGCAGAUGUGAAGCCUAUCAAGUCGGAGCCAAUGGACGUGGACGAAUCGGCCGUCUCCAGUGGCAUUGCCGGGGGCGCCAAUGGCGAUGGGACGAUAGGUGGCAGCGGCGUCGAUAGCAAGGACGACAUCAAUGGUGCUAUCGAUGGCGUUUCCUCGGGACUCGCAGCGGACAUUAAGAUCAAGUCCGAAACGAAGCCGCAUGUGCCUGAGCCUCUGGCACCCAAUGCUGGUGACAAGAAGAAGAAAUGCCAAUUCAACCCGGAAGAGCUGCGCACUGCCCUGAUGCCCACCCUGGACAAGCUGUACCGGCAGGAGCCGGAGUCGGUGCCAUUUCGUUAUCCCGUCGAUCCGCAGGCGCUGGCCAUACCCGACUACUUCGAGAUCGUCAAGAAGCCAAUGGACCUGGGCACCAUUCGCAGCAACAUACUGAACGGCAAAUACAGUGAUCCAUGGGAGUAUGUGGACGACGUCUGGCUGAUGUUCGACAACGCGUGGCUCUACAACCGCAAGACGUCGCGCGUCUAUCGCUACUGCACCAAGCUGUCGGAGGUGUUCGAGCAGGAGAUAGAUCCCGUGAUGCAGGCGCUGGGCUACUGCUGCGGCCGCAAGUACACGUUCAAUCCGCAGGUGCUCUGCUGCUACGGCAAGCAGUUGUGCACGAUUCCGCGCGACGCCAAAUACUACAGCUACCAAAACAGUCUAAAGGAAUACGGUGUCGCCUCAAAUAGAUACACGUUCUGCCAAAAGUGCUUUAAUGACAUACAAGGAGAUACUGUUACUCUGGGCGAGGAUCCGCAGCAGUCGCAAACCCAAAUCAAAAAGGACCAAUUCAAGGAGAUGAAGAACGACCACUUGGAGCUGGAGCCAUUCGUGGACUGCCAGGAGUGCGGACGCAAACAGCAUCAGAUCUGCGUGCUUUGGCUCGAUUCGAUAUGGCCGGGCGGCUUUGUAUGUGAUAACUGUCUGAAGAAGAAGAAUUCCAAGCGGAAGGAGAACAAGUUCAAUGCCAAGCGCCUGCCCACCACCAAGCUGGGCGUCUACAUCGAGACGCGCGUGAACAACUUCCUCAAGAAGAAGGAAGCCAGCGCCGGCGAGGUGCACAUACGCGUGGUGUCCUCCUCGGACAAGUGCGUCGAGGUGAAGCCGGGCAUGCGACGGCGGUUUGUGGAGGGCGGCGAGAUGAUGCAGGAGUUCCCAUAUCGCGCGAAAGCCUUGUUUGCCUUUGAAGAAGUGGAUGGCAUCGACGUCUGCUUCUUCGGCAUGCACGUCCAGGAGUAUGGGUCCGAGUGCCCGGCGCCAAACACGCGGCGCGUCUACAUCGCCUACCUCGAUUCGGUGCACUUCUUUCGGCCACGCCAGUAUCGCACGGCAGUCUACCACGAGAUCCUGCUGGGCUAUAUGGACUAUGUGAAGCAGCUGGGCUACACGAUGGCGCACAUUUGGGCGUGCCCGCCGUCUGAGGGCGAUGACUACAUAUUUCACUGUCACCCGACGGAUCAGAAAAUUCCCAAGCCGAAGCGCCUGCAGGAGUGGUACAAGAAGAUGCUGGACAAGGGCAUGAUUGAGCGCAUCAUACAGGACUAUAAGGACAUACUUAAGCAGGCCAUGGAAGAUAAGCUCGGCUCGGCCGCGGAGCUGCCCUACUUUGAGGGCGACUUUUGGCCCAACGUGCUGGAGGAGAGCAUCAAGGAGCUCGACCAAGAGGAGGAGGAGAAGCGCAAACAGGCGGAGGCAGCCGAAGCAGCUGCCGCAGCUAACCUCUUUUCUAUUGAGGAUAACGAGGUUAGUGGCGACGGCAAAAAGAAAGGCCAAAAGAAGGCCAAAAAGUCAAACAAGUCCAAAGCAGCGCAGCGUAAGAAUAGCAAAAAGUCGAACGAGCAUCAGUCGGGCAACGAUUUGUCCGCCAAGAUCUAUGCGACCAUGGAGAAGCACAAAGAGGUCUUCUUUGUCAUACGCUUACACUCUGCCCAAUCAGCAGCAAGUCUGGCGCCAAUUCAAGAUCCGGAUCCGUUGCUGACCUGUGAUCUGAUGGACGGACGCGAUGCAUUCCUUACACUUGCCCGCGACAAGCACUACGAGUUCUCAUCGCUGCGACGCGCACAGUUCUCCACGCUAUCCAUGUUGUACGAGCUGCACAAUCAGGGCCAGGACAAGUUCGUUUACACGUGCAACAACUGCAAGACGGCGGUCGAGACGCGCUACCACUGCACCGUCUGUGAUGACUUUGAUCUCUGCACGGUGUGCAAGGAGAAGGUCGGACAUCCGCACAAGAUGGAGAAACUGGGCUUCGAUUUGGACGAUGGCUCGGCGCCGGCCGAUCUCAAGCAGGCAAAUCCGCAGGAAGCGCGCAAGCAGUCCAUUCAGCGAUGCAUCCAAUCCCUGGUGCACGCGUGCCAGUGUCGCGAUGCCAACUGCCGUUUGCCUUCCUGCCAGAAGAUGAAGCGCGUCGUCCAGCACACCAAGAACUGCAAGCGAAAGACCAACGGUGGCUGUCCCAUAUGCAAGCAGCUCAUCGCCCUCUGCUGCUACCACGCCAAGCACUGUCAGGAGCAGAAGUGUCCAGUGCCUUUCUGUCCCAACAUCAAGCACAAGCUCAAACAGCAGCAGCUCCAGCAAAAGUUGCAACAGCAACAGUUGCUGCGUCGCCGCGUCGCUCUUAUGUCGAGAACCGCAGCGCCCGCCGCGCUGCCCGGUCCAGCGGUUAGCGGGCCAGUGGUGGCGAGUGGCGCCGUUGGUGUCGGUGGCCCGGUCGUGGGCAUGUCCGGCGUGGCAGUCAGCCAGCAGGUGAUGUCGGGGCAAGCAGCCAUCAUGCCAGCCGGUGGCGGCGGCAUGAGUCCGUCCACGGUGACGGUGCCGUCGCCAGUGUCGGGGGCCGUAAUGGCCGGCAUGACCUCGCCACAUCCGCACCAGCCGGGCAUUGGCAUGAAGCCCGGUGGGCACUCGCCGUCGCCGAAUGUGCUGCAAGUGGUGAAGCAGGUGCAGGAGGAGGCAGCCCGUCAGCAGGUGCCGCACGGCGGAAGCUUUGGCAAGGGUGUGCCCAUGGCGCCGCCCGUCAUGCAACGGCCAAUGGGCGUGGGCGUGUCGAACCAAGGCGGCAUGGGCGGCAUGGUGAGCAAUGUGGGCGGCAAUCAGCUUGCUGGUAAUGUCGGCGUGGUGCCAGGUGGUGGACAACUGCCCAGCGGCGCGAACUGCAACAAUAUUCUGAACGCCAACAAUCUGCUGCCCCUGGAUCAGUGGGGCGGCAGCGGCGGUCCCGGCCAGCAGCGCUACGCGAACAACGCGCCCAACCAGCCCGGCAUGCGCCAGCCCAACCAGCUGAUGCAGCAGAACAUGCAGCAACAGCAGCAGAUGAUGGGCAUGCCGCCCAAUCAGCUGGGCGUCGGAGUAGGAGUUGGAGUUGGAGCCGGACAGAUGCCCGUGGUGGGCAGUGGUGUGAACAUGGGCGGCGGUGGAGCGCCCCAUAGCAUUGGGCUGGGAGCGCAAAUUGGCGCCACGGCCUCUGGCGGCGGAGUACGACCGCCCGGAGCUCAAGGCGUGGGCGGAGGUGGAGCUGGCGGUGCGGGACCCAACAUGGGCAAUGGGCCGCCACUCAACACGCAAACUCUGGCUCAAAUCAUGCAGAAGAUUAAGAACAACCCGACCAACGAGAGCAACCAGCACAUACUCAGCAUACUGAAGCAGAAUCCGCAGAUUAUGGCGGCCAUCAUAAAACAGCGCCAGCAGAGCCAAAUAAACGCUGCCGCCGGCGGAGCUGGUGGCCCAGGCGGCGCCCUGCAGGCGGGCAACGGACCGCAGACCCCGCAGCAGCAGCAACAACAGCAACAGGUGAUGCAGCAGCAGCAGAUGCAGCAUAUGAUGAACCAACAGCAGCAGGGGCCCGGUCCCGGGCCGCAGCAGAUGGGCCCCGGCCAGCAGCAGCAAGUGAGCCUAAUGCAGGCCGCACAGCAGCAGCAGCAGCAGGGACCUCCGCAUCAGCGCAUGGCCAACAUGCAGAACACGGCCAUGAUGUUGCCGAAUUUGCCCCCAGGCUCACAAGGAGGCAUGGUGCCCAAUCAGAACUGCUACAAAAUGCGCUAUAUACAAAUGAACCAAUAUCCGCCGCCGUAUCCACAACGCCAGCGCGGCCCACACAUGGGCGUUGCAGGGCAGCCGCCGUUUCCGGGCGGCACAGCUGGGAACUUUAACGCCGGAGGCGGAGGAAAUGUCACCGGAAUACCAGUAGCGGGUGCAGCUGUGGGCAGCGGAGCGUCCGGGCCCGGCUCUGACCAAUACUCCAUGGCGAAUGCAGCUGCGUCCAACAUGCUGCAGCAGCAGCAAGGCGGCGGCGGCGCGGGUGUCAAGCCCGGCCCGCAGCAGCAACAGCAGCAGCAGCAACAGCAGAUGGGCGUCAUGCCGCCGGGCAUGCAGCAGCAGCAGCCCAUGCAGCAGCAGCAACAACAGCAGCAAAUGAUGCAGGUGGUCGCCGCUGGAGGUGGCGGCAUGAGCAGCACAAAUCCGCAGAACACGUUGCCCAGUGGACCCGGCGCUAACGUGAUGGGUCCGCCUACGCCGCACACGCUGCAGCAACAGCUUAUGCAAUCGGCACGCUCCUCUCCACCCAUACGCUCGCCACAGCCAACGCCCUCGCCGCGUUCGGCCCCAUCGCCGCGCGGGCCCUCAGCGUCGCCCAGAGCGCAGCCCUCGCCGCACCAUGUCAUGAGCAGUCAUUCCCCGGCGCCCCAAGGACCACACGACGGCCUGCACAACCAUGGCAUGCACCAUCAGUCGCCGCUGCCGGGUGUGCCCCAGGAUGUGGGCGUGAGUGGAGUGGGUGUCGGUGUUGGGGUCGGCGUUGGCGUCAACGCCGGCAAUGUGGGCAAUGUGGGCAAUGUGGGCAGUGCUGGUGGCUCUCUGCCCGAUGCCUCUGACCAGCUGAGCAAGUUUGUGGAGAGGCUCUAGUGCAGCAACAAUGCCAAUGUCAUCGGCAACGACCUCAACAGCAACAACA